UGGGGGGCCGUAUAUAUAAGUAACAAGACUACCUUACUUGGUGGACUCUGAGAUCCCCAGGGCUGUCCGGGGAAAAGGACAAUGCAUCCGAGGUGGAAGAGCACACAUGUAUGGCACCUCGAGGCUCGAAUCCGCCUGCACCGAAUCGGAACGAGGAUCACUGGCAAUAUGGACCUGAUUGCGGAAUCUUGGGCCCAACUGAACCCUGGGAACAGCCGACCGCCGACCCGGUCUGCACAUGCGGGCUGCCAACGAUGGCACCUGAGCAGGGUGUCAGGGUCAGAACAUGAAAGUGAGAUGGAACUGAGAGAUGAUACACCUUCGUGGGCUGGGGACAUGCCCAGGGCAGGACGGGAGCAACUCAACCAAGGUCAUCUCGCUUGCGGGCGCGGCGUGGCUGCCCGGACUGUUUGUGGUGGUUCAAUUCUAACAGUCAAGUUAGUCAACGUGGGAGGCAGAUUGGAAAAGGGUCGUGGGCUGUUGUUUGUAAGGGAUGUCCUCGUCCUGUACCGGUACAAUGUACAAGUACAUCGGUAACUUGAGGUAGGUACCACCGUACCUGUGACAGCCAUGGGUAGAAAUUCGCAAAUUCAACUUCAAGUUCCAUCCAUUGGACUCACAGUCAAGUAGGUACGUUGAGCCCAGGCCCACUAAAGCGACUCAUUUCCGUGCGGAAAGAGCAGUACUUUAAUGAGACUCGACCACCCACACCUGUCUUUUCUCAACUAAGCC